AUGGAAAAAAUAGCUCGUUCUACUCUAACUAAGAAGAUCAAGGUUCUGAAUAAGAGAACCAAGACUAUGCAGCAAGAUAUGGCAGAGCUAGCAGGUUCCGUGAAGACCAUUGCUAAAGCUAUAGAGAAGCCGAACAAAUCCAGUCAUGAAGUUGAUGUACGAAGGUUCAAGAAAUCUUUAGGUAAUGACUUCAUAUUUCAUGGAACCGAGGAACCAACUGAUGCUGAAAAGUGGUUGCUGGGUAUAAAGAAAGAAUUGAAAGUUAUGUUGGUUUCAGAGGAAGACAAAGUGAGAUUUGUUACAUACAUGUUCCAUGGGGAUGCGGAUUUUUGGUGGAGCUCCAUUGAGAGAAUGGAAAAUGUAUCACGGAUGUCUUGGGAAAGAUUUGAGGAGUUGUUUUUAGAGAAAUAUUUCCCACCGACUGCUCAAGCUGCAAAAUGUAUGGAGUUUGCAUUAUUGGAGCAGGGGGAUAUGUCAGUAACUCAGUUAGAUAAGAAGUUUGCAGAGUUAGAACGACAUGGACAACAUUUGGUACCGACCCAGGAGCUGAGGGCUCCUAGUUGGGCUAAAACACUGAAAGAGAGAGAAUCUCGUGAAAAGAAGAAGAAGGUGAAACAAAACCCACAAGCACGGCAUAAGCGACCACGUACCGAAUCUCCGGUGAAGAAGGAGAAGAAGUCUGGGACAGAGUGUUAUAAUUGUAGAGAGGAAGGUCAUUACGCCAGGGAUUGCCCCCAUCCACAGAGGCAGAGACCACAGAACACGAAUCAGCCACGUAAUCAGAAUGUUGGUAAUAGACCGCAAAACCAGACACAUAGUCAGAAUUUUGGUGGUAGACCUCAGAAUCAGCCACGUACUAACGCACCGCCAUUCCAGCCGAGGCAACCAAAUGUCCAAGGGAAGCUUAACUAUGUUGCAGAGGUUAGAGGAGAAGCAAAGAACUCCGUUAUCUAG